AUGGCUUAUUUACAUGGCGGACAUGCAGGAAGCUGUCAGUGUAUAAGCCACGUGCGGCUGCAGGCUGGUGUGUGAAUCGUUAGUUGUGUUUUUAAACCUGCUAGCUGGGACCUCAUAAUUGAAGACCACUGAAGAGGCCCCCCCGAAAGCGUCGUUUAGGUGCCUUGCAACUCAAAAGACGAACCAGCUGAAGCCACCUGAAAAUGAGGAUCUUCAUCGUUCUACUCUUGUUUCCCAGCAUCCGAGCAGCCUGUCCGGACAGAGAGCCUGGCCUUCAUCCCUGGACCCCUGGGCACAGGGAGACCCACCGCGUCACCAUCGGUCCUGGUCAGAGAGUGCUCCUCACGUCCUCGGCCACAGUGCAUUCCAUAGAGAUCGUUGAUGGAGGAAAGCUUGUGAUCGCUGAUACCAACCAACCCAUAGUUCUACGGACAAAACACAUACUAAUUGGGAACAAGGGGGAGCUUCACAUUGGGAGCCCAGUUUGCCCAUACAAAGGCAACCUCACUGUCAUCCUGUAUGGAAGAUCUGAUGACACUGACACUGCUCACAGUUACUUUGGCCGGAAGUACAUCGGGGUGGGUACAGGAGGAACUCUCGAGAUCCACGGGGAGAAGAAGCUGGCUUGGACCUUCCUGAACCGAACGCUGCAUCCAGGAGAGACGAAUGAAACCAACUAUUAUUUUGAGAGAGGUUGGGGUAACAGGGGCAUCAUCGUCCACGUCAUCGAUCCCACGACGGGGGAUGUUCUCCACUUUGACAGGUUUGACACAUAUAGGAGCAAAGACGAGAGCCGGCGUCUGGCCCAGUAUGUGGAGGCGGUGGACGACGGCAUGAUUAUGGCUGUGGUGGUGAAUGACGAGGGAUCCAAUAACCUCGAGGACUUGGCGAAGAAGGCCAUGACGAAGCUUGGAAGCCAGCACUUCCACCGACUGGGCUUUCGACACCCCUGGACCUUCAUUACAGUCAAAGGAGACUCAUCAUCCUCCACGGAAGAUCACGCCAUCUACCAAGGCACCAAGGCUUCUUCAGAAGCUCAAAGUUCACGUGUCUUCCAGUCGGUGUACGGUGACCACUUCACCAUCACUGCCACCAGCCAGUGGAUGCAAGAGGCCGAGUGGACCGAUUGGUUCAACCGGGACGACGAGAGGGGGACUGGGGACUGGGAGAAACUGGCUGACAUCCACAAGGCUUUUCCCGAUCGGACCUGCAACAGUCCCCUGGACAUUGAGGUGGGGACCCGGGAUGGGGUGCCUUCCAACCUGACUGGAGAAAUCUUCUACAAGAUUGACAGGAGCUAUGGAUUUGUGUGUCUCAAUAAAGAUCAGACAGAUGGGAUGUGUCAGGACUACAGAGUACGUUUUCUCUGUGGGAAACUCGUGAGGCCACAGGCUACCAUCACCAUCGACACGCACUCCAACAGCAGUAUCCUGGAGCUGGCAGAUGACGGCAGCAGCUGGAGAGCCGGAGACACGGUGGUGGUAUCCAGCACGGACUUCUCUAUGCAUCAGGCUGAGGAGUUUCCAGUCCUCCCUUGUCCUGCCUGUGCGCCCAACCAGGUCAAGGUCCAAGGGAAGGCAGCCCACCUACACAUGGGCGAGGUGGUGGACGGGGUGGACAUGAGGGCGGAGGUGGGCCUUCUCAGCAGGAACAUCCAGAUCCGGGGCGAGAUGGAGCCCCAGUGCUACGGCAGCGAGGCCUGCAAGUUCUUCAGCUUCGACACCUUCGGCGGACACCUUAAGGUGGAGCGCGGAUUCCGGGCAGUGCACGUGGAGGGGGUGGAGCUCCAGCACAUGGGCCAGCAGUCCAUGGGGCACUACCCCGUGCACUUCCACAUGAACGGUGACGUGGACCAGCGUGGAGGCUACGACCCACCCACCUAUGUGCGUGACCUGUCCAUUCACCACACCUUCUCCCGCUGCGUCACCGUGCACGGCACCAACGGGCUGCUGGUGAAGGACGUGGUAGGCUAUGACGCCCUGGGUCAUUGCUUCUUCACCGAGGACGGUCCCGAGGAGAGGAACACCUUCGACCACUGCCUGGGGUUGAUGGUGAAGGCGGGAACCCUGCUGCCCUCUGACCGUGACAGCCGCAUGUGCCGGGACAUCACCAAUGGCGCUUACCCGGGCUACGUGGCCAACCCGCGCCAGGACUGCAGUGCCACGUCCACCUUCUGGAUAGCUAACCCCAACAACAACCUAAUCAACUGUGCGGCAGCGGGCUCUGAGGAGACCGGCUUCUGGUUCAUCUUCCACCAUGUUGCCACCGGGCCCUCUGAGGGCAUGUACUCCCCAGGCCGCACAGAGCACACCCCCAUGGGACUCUUUCAGAACAACCGCGCACACUCCAAUUUCAGGGCCGGACUGAUGCUGGACAACGGAGUGAAAACGACAGAAGCCAACGCUAAAGACAAGAGACCCUUCCUCUCGCUGGUAGGGGCCAGGUACGGGCCGCACCAGGACUCGGAUCCCUUUAAGCCCCGUGUUCCUGCCCUGAUCCAUCACUUCAUUGCCUACAAGAACCAGGACCAUGGGGCCUGGCUGCGUGGAGGAGACGUCUGGUUAGAUGACUGCCAAUUUGCUGAUAAUGGAAUUGGCCUGACGCUUGCAAGUGGGGGGACCUUCCCCGACGAUGACGGCUCACGGCAGGAGGUGAGGAACUCCCUGUUUGUGGGGGAGAGCGAGAACAGGGGGACGUCUGAGCCGGACAGCCAGAACUGGGGGCCCGGAGGCCCGGAUCUGACUGGCAGAGCCCUCCCCAGAGGAGUGGAUUUCCCCAUCCGCGGCAUGCAGAUCUACGACGGGCCCAUCAACGUGCAGAACUGCACCUUUCGCAAGUACGUGGCCCUGGAGGGCCGCCACACCAGCGCGCUGGGCUUCCGCCUCAACAACUCCUGGCAGAGCUGCCCCAACAACAACGUCAGCGACAUCACCUUCGACAACGUCCCGAUCACGUCGCGGGUUUUCUUUGGGGAACCCGGCCCCUGGUUCAACAAGAUGCAGCUGGAUGGCGACAAGACCACCAUCUUCCACGACAUAGACGGCUCGGUCAGCGAGUACCCGGGCGCUUUCCUGGUGAAGGAGGACAACUGGCUCUUGCGCCACCCAGACUGCAUCGACGUGCCCGACUGGCGGGCAGCGAUAUGCAGUGGGCAUUAUGCUCAGGUAUAUAUCCAGACACGAGACCCGGCAAACCUGAGCAUGAGGAUGUUCAAGGACGAGUACCCAGAUCAUCCUCUGGUCCUGGAGGGGGCCCUUGGGAAGAAGAACCAUUACCAGCAGUACCAGCCCGUGGUGAUGCUGGGGAAGGGCUACACGGUGCACUGGAGUGGGGCCGCCCCCGCCGAGGUCACCGUGUGGCUCAUUAACUUCGGCAGGGACGACUGGAUCAAUGUGGGUUUCUGCUAUCCCAGAGGGACCACGUUCACCAUCAUCUCUGAUAUUCACAAUCGCCUGACCAAACAGACCAGGAAGACUGGCGUCUUCCUCAGGACCCUGCAGAGGAACAAAGUGGAACACUCUCACCAGAACCGCGGCUACUAUUACUGGGAGGAAGACACUGGACUCCUCUUCCUGAAAGUCAAAGCCCACAACGACAAGGAGGACUUUGCCUUCUGCUCUCUGAAGGGCUGUGAGCGUGUAAAAAUCAAGGCCGUCAUACCCAAGGGCAGCGGCCCCAGCGAUUGCGUGACCCAGGCCUACCCCAAGUACGCCGAGAUGCCCGUCGUGGACGUGCCCCUCCCCCAGAAGCUGCCCGGCGUGCCGCAGAACAAAGUGACAGAACACUUCCUGGAGGUCAAACUGGAGUCGUUCAACACUCGCUUCUUCCAUAUCAAGGAGGACUUUGCCUACGCGGAGGUGAACGGGAAGAAGAUGUACCAACCCGAGGAAGGCGUACAGCUGACGGUCAUCGACGGUCAACGUGGCAACGUGCUGGACAAGAAAAGCUUCAGAAAUUCCCUCCUACUGGGCAUCCCUGCGCAGAUUGAGAGCUACGUGUCGGGCCUCACAGACGAAUCCAUAGUAAUGAUCACCUCCAAAGGCCGUCUCGUCACCAAAGGACCUUGGACCAAAAUCCUUCAGCAGCUUGGAGCAGAGAAGAAUGUCAAGUUGAAAGAUAAACUGGCGUUUGUCGGCUUUAAAGGCAACUACAAGCCCGACUGGGUAAAACUGGUGACGGAUGAAGACAAGGCCAAAAUCCAUCAAGUUAUGCCCAUCCCCGUGGUGAAGAAGAUGAAACUAUGAAACUGCAGGGGGGGGGUCAACAAUGGUGGUGGUGGGAGCUGAGGAAUGUAGAAAGAGGUGUUUCUCUACAAUCUCAUCCCCACUAUCACCGUGGCCCAAGAAAACAGCGUGAAAACCUGCAGGGUGCACAAACAGGACUACUGAACGUGAGAACUUACCCAGCAUGCAUUAGUGUCGCCUAGCUUCCUUGGCGGUUGCUCGUGAUAUACAAUGUGACAAUGUGGACGUGAGUGAUUCAACCGUAACGUUCAUUGAAUGUACCCGACUGAAGACGAGAACAUUCCUUGUGUCGUCCUGCUCAGUAGUGUUAACCUUGGUCCCCUUCUUGGACCACAAUUAUUUUAUGCUGCGUGGGAUUUCUCCUGUAAUAGUGUGACAUUUUUCAUAACUGUUUCAUAUCAGAUUCUGUGGACCAUUUGUAUAUGUUGUAAACUUGUAAACUGUAAAAAUCUGAACAUUUUAAACAUAAUUCUUGAGGCCAUUUUGAUCAAAAAUGAACCAAACCAAUCUGACAAAUUUUAUCAUCUUUGAAUCCCAGAUUCACAUUAUUGUAACUUGGCCUACUAAAAGAUUUCCCUGUAUAAUUUGCAGUUUGGCAAGAAUCAGGAAUCUCAUUUCCCUUUGCCGAAAUAGCUGGUCUUUUUUCGGAAAUUAUAGCGGUUAGUGUUUUGUAUGUUACAUAUGUUUCUAAAAAAAAAAAAAAACAACAAAUUCAUAACAGAGAUAUAUUUUAUAAUUAUUUAUU